GUUCCGUGCCGUAAAGCAAGCCGUGAAGCCGCCCCGAGCCGAGGCUGCAGCAUUCGUGAGCGGCAAUGGCGGAUAUGGAGGAUCUCUUCGGGAGUGACGCCGACAGCGAUGGCGAGCGUAAAGAUUCUGAUUCUGGAUCGGACUCAGAUUCUGAUCAAGAGAAUGCCGCUUCUGGCAGUAAUGCCUCUGGGAGUGAAAGCGAUCAAGAUGAGAGAGAUGACUCAGGACAGCCAAGUAACAAGGAGUUGUUUGGCGAUGACAGUGAGGAUGAGGGCGCCUCCCAUCACAGCGGCAGUGACAACCACUCGGAUCGGUCAGACAACAGGUCCGAGGCCUCCGAGCAUUCUGACCACGAAGACAAUGACCCCUCAGACAUGGAUCAGCACAGCGGGUCAGAAGGUGGCAACGAUGAUGAAGAUGAAGGCCACCGAUCCGAUGGCGACAGCCAUCACUCAGAAGCAGACGGUUCUGAAAAAGCACCUUCAGACGAUGAAAAAUGGGACAGAGAAGAUAAAAGUGACCAGUCCGACGACGAUGAGAAGACACACAAUUCCGACGACGAGGAGAGGGCCCAAGGGUCGGACGAGGAGAAGCUGCAGAACUCGGACGACGAGGAGAAGAUGCAGAACAGCGACGAGGACGAGGAGCAGCAGCAGCUGUCCGAGGAGGAGAAGGCCAAUUCUGACGACGAGCGGCCAGCGGCCUCUGAUAACGAGGAUGAGAAACAGAAUUCCGACGACGAGGACCGGCCCCAGGCGUCCGACGAGGAGAAAAUGCAGAAUUCUGAUGAGGAGCGGCCACAGGCCUCAGAUGAAGAACACAGGCAGUCGGAGGAGGAGGAAGAGGAGGAGCAGGACCAUAAAUCAGAAUCCGCAAGAGGCAGUGAUAGUGAAGACGAAGUGCUGCGAAUGAAGCGCAAGAAUGCCAUUGCAUCUGAUUCAGAAGCCGACAGUGACACUGAGAUGCCAAAAGAUACUGGUGGAACCAUGGAUCUGUUUGGAGGUGCAGAUGAUAUAUCUUCAGGGAGUGAUGGAGAAGAUAAACCACCUACGCCCGGCCAGCCUAUUGAUGAAAAUGGGUUGCCUCCGGAUCAACAGGAAGAAGAGCCAAUCCCCGAAACCAGGAUAGAAGUAGAAAUACCCAAAGUAAACACAGAUUUAGGAAACGACUUAUAUUUUGUGAAGCUGCCCAAUUUUCUCAGUGUAGAGCCCAGACCUUUUGAUCCCCAAUACUAUGAAGAUGAAUUUGAAGAUGAGGAAAUGCUGGAUGAAGAAGGUAGAACGAGGUUAAAGCUAAAGGUGGAAAAUACCAUACGAUGGAGGAUCCGCCGCGAUGAGGAAGGAAAUGAGAUUAAGGAAAGUAAUGCUCGGAUCGUCAAGUGGUCAGAUGGCAGCAUGUCCCUGCAUUUGGGCAAUGAAGUGUUCGACGUGUACAAAGCUCCACUGCAAGGUGACCACAAUCAUCUUUUCAUAAGACAAGGAACUGGUCUCCAGGGACAAGCCGUCUUUAAAACGAAGCUCACCUUCAGGCCUCACUCUACAGACAGUGCCACGCAUCGAAAGAUGACGCUGUCCCUAGCGGACAGAUGUUCCAAGACACAGAAAAUUAGGAUCCUUCCCAUGGCGGGUCGGGAUCCUGAAUGCCAGCGCACAGAAAUGAUUAAGAAAGAAGAAGAGCGUCUGAGGGCAUCCAUCCGGCGGGAGUCUCAGCAGCGGCGGAUGAGAGAGAAGCAGCACCAGCGGGGCCUGAGCGCCAGCUACCUGGAGCCUGAUCGCUAUGAUGAGGAGGAGGAGGGCGAGGAGUCCAUCAGUCUGGCUGCCAUUAAAAACCGAUACAAAGGGGGCAUCCGAGAGGAACGAGCCAGAAUCUACUCCUCAGACAGUGAUGAGGGAUCCGAAGAAGAUAAGGCUCAAAGAUUACUCAAAGCCAAGAAGCUCAACAGUGAUGAGGAAGGUGAGCCUUCUGGGAAGAGGAAAGCAGAAGAUGACGACAAAGCAAACAAGAAGCAUAAGAAGUAUGUGAUAAGUGAUGAAGAGGAGGAGGAAGAUGACUGAAGUCCAAAAAUGUGAAAACACUUUAUAUAUUGUAUUGUACAGCUUGUUUUAUAAAUAUGAUGUACACAUGAGUUAUUUUGAUUGAAAUGAAUUGAUUUGUUUCUGUGUAAUUUCUAAUUGUAAUAAAAAUUUUAAAGGCA